AUGUUCACCCCCUCACCGCGUGGUGGCAGCGACGACCCGUCCGCACUUGCUUCUUCCGUGUCUACGCGGCGGGUCGCGGCGGAGCUGCUCGCCGCCCACGCUGGGGAGAGUAGCCCUCAUCCGCCCUCCGCUGGCGGUGCGCGCACACGGGGGGCGGUGGCGGAGGCGACCGAGGGCGCUUCACGCGGUGGCCCGCCGUCGUUCCAGCAGGAAACUCUCUUUGAGGUCGCGGAUGUCUGGCAUGAGGCGUCGCCCCCCAUGACUGCCCCGCGGCAGCCUCCGCACUCCUCGCCGCCGUCCUCCUCGGCGUGGCCGAUGGAGGCCCAAGCCGUACGUACGUGGCAGGCAGAGUUUCUGCAGCGAGAGGAGUCACUUGUGCGGCGCGAGAUGGAAGCCUUCGCGCGGGAGGAGAGGCUUGCGCAGCGGGUGGCGACCGACGCGUGCCGACAGCGGCUGCAUGAGGCGAAGAGCGCGUUGGAAAAGCGGGAGCGGGAGGUGGCCCAACAAGUCGCUGCGCAGCGGGAGGAGAAGGAACUGCUCGACGCACGUACUGCGGAACUCGACCGACGCGAGCGGGAACUAGAGGAGGAGCAAGAGCGUCUCUUGAACGACACCCGGGAGCAGGUGGAGCGCAUCCACAGCAGUGCAUGCGUGCUGCAGGAAAAAGAAUCCGCCGUUGCGCAGCGGGAGGAGAGCUGUUCUCACCGCGCGGCUGAGCUGAUGCUGCAGCGCGAGUGCCUGCUCAGUUGGGAGGCCUCGCUGCGGCGCCAGCAAUGCCAAUUGGACGCGCAGCAGGCGUCGGUGGCGGAGAAACUUGCUGCCGCUCAGGAACUCCUGUCGCGCGAGAGCAACCUGGAAGAACUAGAGCUUCGCCUUCGCGAGCGCGAAGCCUCACUGUGGGAGGCAGCAGCAGCGAAGGUGCCAGGCGACCGGGGGGAGCUGAAGCGUCUGCUGGAUACUCUUAGGAGACUCCAGGGUGAACUUCAUAGCUGCGAGCCCACCGGGAACACAAGCUCUGAAGUAUUGUAG